AUGGCCAUCCCCGCCAGUAUUAGUGCGCUAACCGACGAGUUGGUUGCGACCGUCGCCAAAGUUGAUAAGAGAAACCCCCGUUUCAAAAUCCUGAAACGUCGUACCGAAGAUACUCUAAGAGCGAAUGCUCAUGGCCGUACGAACCAGUUUGCGGUUGCGAAGCAGCUGGAGGGACUUCAGGAAAAGUUCCAGGUCCUCAAUAAAGAUGACUUAGCUGACGCUCUGCGCGCCCGUCUCACGGAGCUAAAUGAACAUCGGGACUCAUGGUUUCCUGAGAUCCUAUCGUUAUUGCUGCAGCUUGCUGAUCGCCCGGCUCAGUUGUCAAAGGUAGAUCGCAUCGAGAGGCUUAAGCCCCAGGAGCAAGUGGAAUCCCUAUCUUGGACAGAGUUAGAUGUUUCCGGAACUGCGUAUUGUGAGGAGGAUAUAUGGGAAUCUGUAGACUUCGGCGCUGGAUCCUCCGAGGAUGACCUCUCAUCCGUAUCAAGCGAUAGCUAUCAUGGACGUUCUUUACCUCAAACCUCCAUAGCCCUAGAAGAGGACUACGUGAUCCCAGAGGACCUAUUCUCUUCAGGAGAAGAUGAAGACCUUGUGGAUUCGAUCAAAAGCGCCCAAUCUGGCGAAAUGAAACCAGUGCCGACACUGACCGACAUGGAGGCAAUUCCUCUCAAGUACUCACAGAGCUUCAGAUCCCAAACGCUAUCUUCAUUGCUGAGUUCGUUCUGCUCAAUUGGGUCUAAAAUAGACAUCUUAAGACGAUACAACCAGGUCCCGCGGGUCAUUCCCUACCUGCAGACGUUCCACCGGGGCAUUGAAGAUCGCCUGCGCGAGUUUGACGGGUUCUUGUCUAACGUACAGUCACAGUACCUAUCGCAAUCCGGAACUAUUGCGGUCAGUCUUCUGCAACUAUACGAGAGCGUGCUCCGUGAAUCCAAGCUGCUUCUUUUGUUAGCGGAAAUUGUAUCUAAUCUCAGACAUGCCGCAUCGGAUAGCCCAGUACGUUGUCUUGACCUCCUCUACGACUCCGUCUGCAUGACACAAGCCACCGGCGACGAGAAUGAGUUCAGGUUCCUGGCUCAACUGUUUUUCUCGUGCUUCGAAACUUACGCACGCCCAAUCCGCCUCUGGAUGGAAAAGGGAGAGUUAGAGGAAUCUCACCAGGGCUCCUUUUUCAUCCGCGACAACCGCAAUAAUGACCAAGACCUCCGAACCUUAUGGCAUGGAUGGUAUACGUUGGAUGAAUCAGCAUGGUUUUCAAGCGCGCCGAAAUUUGUCCAACCUGUCGCUCGCAAGAUUUUCGUCGCAGGCAAAAGCAUGGUUUUCCUGCGACACUUGGAUGUGUCGGAGGACGAGACCCACGCAAGAAAGAGCUCCUUAACACUUGGGGAUGUAUUCCCGGAAGACUCCACCUCCGUUUACAUGCCGUUCUCAGCAUUACUCGACUCAGCCUUUGGGCGGAUAGUCGACGAGAACCACUCUUUCACAUCAUCGCUGCUGCGAAGGGAGCUUGACCAGCAAUGUGGGCUAGGGGCCUCCCUCCACGCGCUGGAGCAUAUCUACCACUGCAAAGACAUGAGCGUGUUCGGGCCCAUCGACCUGAAAAUCUUCGACCUCAUCGACCGAGGCAGAGGAGCCUGGGACGACCGAUACCUGCUCACGGAACUUGCCCAGAGCGCAUUCAGCACCUUGCCCUUCAUCGACCCAUCCAGAAUAAUAGUCCGGUCGUCCAAAGACCCCACCAACAAACAAAACACCCACAGUCGCUCCGUCAAGCUCCUCCAAGCCAUCUGCUUCGACUACAUCCUCCCCUGGCCCGUCGCCAACAUCAUCACCAAAGACGCCAUGCUACGCUACCAGCACCUCUCAACAUUCCUCAUGCAAAUCCGCAGAGCAAAACACACCAUCGUAAAACAACGUCUCCAAUACUCCUCCCAACCCAGAAAAAACGCUCAGGCCUUCGCCCUCCGACAUCACAUGCUCUGGUUCCUCAACACGCUCUACAGCCACAUCACCGACUUCGUCAUCUCAACCACCACCACCUCGCUCCGAAAAGACCUCUCGGCCUGCAACGACGUCGACACCAUGGUCUCCGUGCACCAAUCGUACAUGUCCUCCCUGGAAGACCAAUGCCUUCUCUCCCAAAACCUAGUCCCCCUUUACGAAGCAAUCAUCUCCCUCCUCGACCUCUGCAUCGCCUUCUCCGAUCUCCAAGCUACUCGCUAUACCCAGACCAACUCUGCCCAGAAAGAGUACGGCCAGGACAAAGACCAGAGUGAUGAAGAGGAAGACGAAGACGAGGAGCCCGAACACGAUGAUAGACACACGCCCGUUCACGAAUCACAAUACUUGCAGCAAGUGAAAACGACCCAAGAUCAGUUCAAUCAGCUUGUCGGCUUUCUGGCUGCGGGAUUGAAGGGCGUGGGUCGGGCUAAUGCGCAGGUUAGCUGGGAGAUUCUGGCCGAGCGGUUGGAGUGGCGGAAGGAGCGGACGGCGGAUCAUGUAUGA